AUGGCGCAAACCACCAGACUGCAGACCUUUCCCAACAAGCCGAGAGUCUUCGUCCUCACUGACAUCUCUAACGAGCCCGACGAUGCCGAGUCUCUUGUUCGCUAUCUCCUAUACUCCAACCAGUUUCAGACUGAGGGUCUAGUCGCUGUCUCUUCAACAUGGAUGAAGAACAAGGUCUGCCCCCAGGACAUCCGCAAGAUCCUCGACGCCUACGCCGGCGCGGUCGACAACCUCAACAAGCACACACACCCAGACUACCCGUACCCUUCGGCGGACAGUCUUCGAGCCCUGGUCAAGUCGGGCCCACCGGUCUAUGGCAUGGCCGGUGUUGGCUCGGAUAAGCCGUUGACAGAUGGUGCCCAACUCCUUCUCGAGAGAAUCGAAGCGCCCUCACAAGACCCCCUGUGGGUUCUCGUAUGGGGCGGCACCAAUGUUCUCGCCCAGGUCCUCCUGACUAUCCGCGACAAGUAUUCCCCUGAAGAGGCGGCCAAGCUGCGUGCUAAGCUGAGGGUUUACACCAUUUCGGACCAAGACGACACAUCGGCAUGGAUCCGCACUCAAUUUCCUGAUAUCUUCUACAUCUCCUCCAUUCAUGGCUGGAACCAGUAUGGUCUCGCUGCAUGGACGGGUAUUUCCGGAGACAAGUACUACGGCUUCGACCAGGGCGGACCGGACUUUACCAAGGUCUCGAAGCAAUGGAUCAAGGAGAACAUUCAGAUUGGGCCCCUGGGCUCGGCGUACCCGGACUAUCUCUUUAUCCCGGAGGGUGACACCCCUACCUUCCUAUACCUGAUCCAGAACGGCCUCGGAGACCGUGAGCAUCCGGAGUAUGGCUCAUGGGGUGGCCGUUAUGACCUGACGGACGCGAGCGAUGCCGGUCAAAGGGGUAAGCACUACAGCGACAUGUCUGACUCGGUCGUUGGUGCCGACGGCAAGACAUACCGCUCUAACCAGGCGACCAUCUGGCGCUGGCGAGACACCUUCCAAAACGACUUUGCUGCGCGUAUGCAGUGGUCGCUCAACCCGGACGUGGCAUCCACCAACCACCACCCCAUCGUUAGCAUCAACGGAGACCAAGGUCUGCAGCCUCUGUAUUUUGAGGCAGAGGCUGACAGCACUAUUGAGCUUGACGCCUCUCAGACAUACGAUCCUGAUGGUGACAACUUGACGUUCAAGUGGUGGCAGUACCGCGAGCCUAGCGCAUCCCAAUGGCUUGUGCAGUUUGAGGUGGCACAUCUCGAGGUUGAGAAGCUGGAUCCCGAAGGCAAGAGGGUCAAGGUUACCGUGCCUCCUCCGGAGAAGUCUUGCUUGGAUUUGAUUAGCCAGAAGCCAAAGGUUAAGGGUCAGCUGCUCCACUUGAUUUUGGAAGUGACGGACAAUGGAACCCCGGCAUUGACGAGCUACCGUCGUGUACUGAUUCAGGCUAUGAAUAAGGACCUGAGAGGGGGUAAAGAAGUGAAGGAAGGCGAGGAACUAGAAGCUAUUGGUGAUGCUAUGAAGGACUUCACUGGUUGA